AUGUCGCCUCUCGUCAGCUGCCUGUCUUCAUCCGUCGGCCUGCUCCCGUCCUUUGCCGACUGCACCGCGAGUCUCGGCAUGCACCCGGCGACGGCUUCCAUUCUCGACAAUGUGAGGUACCUGUUCGGCGCCGUCGAGGCGGUGUACGCCGCGGCGAACGAAACAAGCACGUCUACGAGCACGGCCAUGGGAACAACGACUACACCGACGCCGACGCCGACGCCGACUUCGAUACAGGCCUCCCGAAAGGCCCAGCUCACUGGGAAGUACAUGCACGAGCACAUCUCGGGUCUUCACCCUACUAUCCCAGGAGGCCAACAGGACCAAUCGCCAGAAGUAUCGGCCAGGAGGACGGGCUCACCACUGAACAAUAGCAACUACUACGCUGCCGUCGCCGACGAGGCAUCCGUGCGAAGUGGGAGCAUCUCCAGCACAGGCACAGCGGGACGUGGCUCCGUUGGCACGGGCCGAUCGCCAUCGGGACCAGCCUCCGACUCCAUAACGACGCCCGAAUGGCCACAGACCCAAGACCCUAGCGAUUCUCCGAAGAGCCCUCGAUCGAUGCAACAUCUCCAUCACCACUUGCAGCAGAGCCCGGACUUCAUGUACCAGGUCAUCCGCAUGACGGCCAUCAUCUACACGCGGGCCAUCGCGACCGGUACCCCCUUGAGCGGCGCAUGCACGGAAUCGGAAUUCCUGCAGAUCUGGACGACGACGUGGCGCGUGCCCCUGUCAACGUGGAACGCCGCCGUGGGCGUCUUCCAUUGGAUCAUGCUGGCCAUCGCGCCGGCGUGCCACCGCUCGCCGCACGCGCGCUUCGUGAAGAACAUGACAACGAUCAGCUUGCUAACGCUCGGCGUGGAGAACUGGGCCAUGGCCAUGGGCGCCGCUAGAGCCGGUUUGAGGCUGCAGCACUGGCUUGGCAGCCAAGACGUCAAAGGAGCGGGCGAAGGGGAUGGAGCCGCGGCCACAUCAACAGCAUCAACAGGGGCAGGAGGAGGAGGGUGGUCAGCGGCGGGAAGGCCGCGCUCCAGCCUCGAAGAGCGGUGA